GAGGACCGCCACACUACCAGGUGGGUCUGAGCGGAGGUUAGAUUGCGCCUCCUCCCCGCUCCAGCAUCCAGAGGGAGAACAGGUGCGUGGAGACGUUAAACCCGGUGCACGGUGAGGGACCGUGUGUUCCUCAUGGAGACUGUCCUCCGGCUCCGCUGCGGCUCCACACACGGCGCGAAGGAGUCCGAACAGGUGCCAUGAGACGGACAGCGGGCAGCGGGUGGACUGCGGUUGGACCACUACUGUGCACCGACAUGGACCGUGACUACUUAAGUGUCGUAGUGAGACGGUGAGGGAGGUGGGGGUGGGGGGUUGUAUUUCAGCCACCGGAGAUCGUACCCGGGGUUUGUGGUCUGCGCUCAACACGUUGUCUGAGAGGACGAGAGGCAUCGGUGACAUAGGAUGUCUCCUCCACCCUGCUCUCUUUCUCAGCCUGUCUCCCGAGUUCAAACAUCUCCUCCGCAGACUGAGUGCUCCUGAGCGCUCGCUGCGACCCUCCCUGUUUGGCUGCCUGGCCGACUUCCCGGGGAGGUGAUGCGGCGGUUCGUCUACUGCAAGGUGGUGUUGACCACCUCUCUUGUGUGGGUGCUGGUGGACGUGUUCCUGCUGCUCUACUUCAGCGAGUGUAACAAGUGCGAUGACAGGAAAGACCGCUCGCUGCUCCCUGCCCUCCGAGCUGUGAUAUCUCGGAGCCACGAGGGUCCAGGCGAGAUGGGCAAGUCGGUGAACAUCCCCAAGAACGAGCAGGAGAAGAUGAAGGAGCUCUUUAAGAUUAACCAGUUCAAUCUGAUGGCCAGUGACAUGAUCGCACUCAACAGGAGUCUGCCAGAUGUGAGGUUGGAUGGCUGUAAGACCAAGGUGUACCAAGACGACCUGCCCAACACCAGCAUCGUCAUUGUUUUCCACAACGAGGCGUGGAGUACCCUGCUGCGGACCGUUCACAGUGUCAUCAACCGCUCCCCCAGACACUUGCUCAUGGAGAUCGUGCUCGUGGACGAUGCCAGCGAGCGAGACUUCCUGAAGAAGAAGCUGGAGAACUACGUGCGCACUCUGGAGGUGCCCGUAAGGAUCCUGAGAAUGGAGCAGCGUUCGGGUCUGAUCAGAGCCAGGUUGAGGGGGGCGGCCGCCACCAAAGGUCAGGUCAUCACCUUCCUGGACGCUCACUGCGAGUGUACACUGGGCUGGCUGGAGCCCCUGCUGGCCCGCAUUAAAGAGGACAGGUCAGCAGUGGUGUGCCCUAUCAUCGAUGUCAUCAGUGACGAGACGUUUGAAUACAUGGCAGGCUCCGAUAUGACUUAUGGUGGAUUCAACUGGAAGCUGAAUUUCCGCUGGUACCCUGUUCCCCAGCGGGAGAUGGAUCGACGCAAAGGCGACAGAACACUUCCUGUCAGGACUCCCACCAUGGCAGGAGGGUUGUUCUCCAUAGACAAAACAUACUUUGAAGAAAUAGGAAGCUAUGAUCCAGGGAUGGAUAUCUGGGGGGGAGAGAACCUGGAAAUGUCUUUCAGAAUUUGGCAGUGCGGUGGCUCUUUGGAAAUUGUCACAUGUUCCCACGUGGGCCACGUUUUCCGGAAGGCCACCCCGUACAGCUUCCCUGGAGGCACGGGCCAGGUCAUCAACAAGAACAACAGGCGCCUGGCCGAAGUCUGGAUGGAUGAUUUCAAAGACUUCUUCUACAUCAUAUCACCAGGAGUGAUGCGGGUCGACUACGGAGACGUUUCUUCCCGUAAAGCCCUCCGCGAGGCCUUGAAGUGCAAACCGUUCUCCUGGUAUCUAGAGAACAUCUACCCAGACUCCCAGAUCCCAAGAAGAUACUUCUCACUUGGUGAAAUCAGAAAUGUUGAGACCAACCAGUGUGUGGACAACAUGGGAAGAAAGGAGAACGAGAAAGUCGGCUUUUUCAACUGUCACGGUAUGGGAGGAAACCAGGUGUUCUCAUACACGGCGGAUAAAGAAAUUAGAACAGACGACCUCUGUCUGGACGUCUCCCGCCUCAACGGCCCCGUCGUCAUGCUCAAGUGUCACCACAUGAAGGGAAAUCAGAUGUUCGAGUACGAUGCUGAGCGACUCACCCUGCUGCACGUGAACAGCAACCAGUGUUUGGACAUGCCAUCUGAAGAGGACAAGAUGGUCCCCACCCUGAGAGACUGCAACGGCCGCCGCUCUCAGCAGUGGCUGCUACGAAACAUGACCCUUAACGUCUGAUCCCUCACCUCUCCGACCCCAUUCUACUCUCAUCCUAACCAGUCCCGGCUCCACACCCUCACCAGGUGGCUCACACACAUCAUCUGCGUCUUCCUGUUGCAACUUGCAGCAGCUUACAUCUUCCAUUAUGGACGUGUCUCCUCUUACAGUUUGCCACAGGUUUGAGAGAAGCUGCACCUGACAUUUACGAGACAUGAUGAGCUUGAGCUUUGGGGACCUCAUCAAGUCCGAGCAGGGAGAUCGAUGUGCGAGGUCUGUGCAUGGAGAACACUGAUAUCAUUCCUGCUGUGGAUGCACAGCUGUUGGCCGUGCAGCCACACUGUGCUCCUCAGACUGCUUAUUAGCUGCUGGACAAACGAUUCAACAGGAGAGCUUCUAAGCGAUGGUGCUCACUGUGUGCAGUGUAACAUGCAGUGCAUCGACUGUAGGUACAAUCAUAGGAUACAAUGGUUGUUAUCGCUGCUACAUCAGUGUCUGGGUUACACUGAAAAUACUGGAUUGUUCUCAUCACUGUUGUAAGGGAACUAAAGAUAAAAAUGAUACUGAAGCUAAUGUGUAUUUUUUUCAUUUAACAUAUUUCUUGAAACUUUGUCUGAAGCUUCAAGCCACUUUUUGGGUGGUUACCAUGACAAUGGUUGACUGACCUUUUGGGGUUAGUGUUGCUAGGAGACGCACUUUCAUGGUGUGUUGGUGACUACAGGACGACAUGAGUAACCUACUAUCAUUACUGUAGCAUUAGCUAGCAGCCGUUAGCCAUUUAAGAUGCAUCAUUAAAUAUUUGGGAGGACCCAUCAUUGUCCCACAAGAUGCUUAUUGUUCAUGUUACUUAGACAGACUUUCCUCCAUGUGUCAUUUGUGGAAUUGAUACAAUGUCAAAACAACAAUGCAACUCAGACUUCAGUACAUAAUAAUGUAUGACUCAAAUUUCCUGUAACUCCAUGUCCCCUGGGUAACAGUAACAAUACUGUGACAGCAGAAAAUUAAUAACUUUUGUUUUCUUUUUGGUAAUGAAUAGUUUUACCAAAUAAACGGAAAAGUCUCUAGUGAUUACACUAGUGAUAAACUAUCUUUAGAUUUUCUUAAAAUUUACAAAAGAAAAAAAACCAUAUACAGCAUUUUGUAAGGACCCUUCAGUUUUUUGUUGAAGAAUUGUUCCCACAAACGUAUCCUUGUAUUUCUGUCCUACACUUUCCUGUCUGCCAUCGGCCGAUUUAUUGGUCAGGCUCUAGUUGUUAAAGUGGUUUUCUUGAAAUGCUGGAAUAAAAAUAAUGAUUUCAAACCAUCAUCUAUAGAAAAUGACUAGAAGACAAGAGUACAGCUAUAACAUCCUCCCCCACCCUAGAAACUACCUGAGUAAUUACAUAAUGGUCCAUAGAAGAGAAAUGGGAAUUACAGUAAGGUGCAGAUGAAAAUGUCAGGCAGCUUUCUGGAUUGAUGGAAAACAUACUGGAUUAGGUUUACUUAUAAAUAAAUGGCUGCAGGAAAGGAUGAAUCAAGUAAUCAUCACUCUGCUCCAUCUAUGAUUGAUUUUGGAAUGGCUGUAAGAGUUGUCUCUAAAUGAUAACACGUGUACUGAAGUAGGAUUAAAUGCACUGUGUUAUCAUAAGGACAUAUUCUACAAGAUCUCCACCUCUUAUCCUCAGACAUUGCUCACUGCAUUUUAAACAUCUUAAGAUAUCACGAUUUGUCUUGGAGCUGAAUAAUUUCGUGUGCCUUUAGAAAUUUGUUUUUUUAUUUGGUUUAUUGGUUUUUAGAUGGUUUAAUUAUUUAGCUGUCGAAAAAGAAGACUGUUGAGUCGGUUUUCAUUUGAGAUGAAGUACUACACCAUAUUGAUGUCAUAUCUCAUGAAUUCAUCACUUCCGUAUAAAUACUUGAUCAAGCGUCUAGUUACCCAUUAAUAGUUAAGCAGGUCAGUGUGUAUAUAUAUAUAUUCACCCAUCGCCCAAGCAAAUGUGACUGGUACACUGCAUUACUGUCUGAGAUCAACACAUUUAGUUGUUCAUAAUGACAUGUUGCUAUCACCAUUGUUGUUGUUGUACAUACAGAACCAAUUAUUUUUCUAAGAUGCUGUAAAACUUGAACACUCCUCAGAGGAAAAAGGCAUUGAAUGGUGAAAAGAUCAUGAGGUUUUGCAAUGUUUUAUUUGGAAUUGAGGUAAUAAAAACCAGUGCUUACCAUGGGUUUUGAAAUUGCAGUGUGUUUUGGAAAUCAUCAUUGGUCCCAUGAAACCAAUCCUCACACUACCUAAAGGACCUGAGGCGAGCGUACAUGAGGGAGCAACUAAUGGUGAAAUACUAUCAAUGCUGCUUGAAUACUGAAUCCUCGCCAAGUGGCUGCUUGGCAUUCAGACUAAAAUUCAAUCACCUCUUUUGCAUUACGUGCAAACAUUUAUUGUUUUUCAUUAUCUCAAAGUGCAUGGUGUUAAAAAAAAGGAAUGUAAUGUUUCAAUGUACUGUUCGCAAAAUGAUAGUGUUACCUGUUUGUACAUUUUGCCUUUUUUGUAGAAAAAAAAAAAAUAAAACUUCGACUGAA